UUAGUGGGCUUCAGACAAUUUGAAGUGCUUAGUGAAACUAAUUUUCUUCACUGAUGUAGCUAGUAGUUGAAGGACACUUUCACCUUACUGUGCCUGCCUUGGGUUUUAGCUUGACAUUUGGAAAGAGCCUGGUUUAGAUUUAAGAUAGAUGGCAUUCCACCCCUAAUUCCCAACUCUUAUUUUGUGCAUUGAGCAAGCCUGCCUCGCAGCUGAAUUUUCCUAGCCUUGAAAUGGAAAUAAAAACGAUUUCAUGGGGUUCUUGGCAGGAGUAAAUGAAAGGAACGUACGGUGCACAGUGAAAGUUAAAUUUCAUAAUUAUAAAAGAAUGAUUCUGGGUACGCUUUUAUGCAUUUCUGGAUUGGGGCUUUCUUGGCUGUUUUGAACUUUUCUCUUUGCCCCAUGAGAUAGGCUUACGAGUCAAUAUUUAUUUAUUAGGCAACUACCCAAAAAUGUGCUUUCUUUCUGAGCAGGUUUGUUAGGUGGUAUGCAUUGUAUUUAUGAGGCAGACUUCAUGCUGGAACACUCUUACAUGCCAAGGCCUGACGACCAGGAAGCAUAGAUCUCUUAAGAGGUGUAGGGCACCUCCUCCUGCAUCUUUCCCAUGGCUCUACAAAGUACACAGAUAAAGACAAUGGAGGAAUGCUUGUCUGGUCUCCAUAUCACAGUAUCCCAGAUGCCAAAUUGGACGAGUAUAUUGCAAUUGCAAAGGAAAAACAUGGCUACAAUGUGGAGCAGGCACUUGGCAUGUUGUUCUGGCAUAAGCAUAACAUUGAGAAGUCCCUUGCUGAUCUCCCUAAUUUCACCCCCUUUCCGGAUGAGUGGACAGUGGAAGAUAAAGUCCUAUUUGAACAAGCCUUUAGUUUUCAUGGGAAGAGCUUUCACAGGAUUCAGCAAAUGCUUCCAGAUAAAACAAUUGCAAGCCUUGUGAAAUACUAUUAUUCCUGGAAAAAGACGCGAUCUCGGACAAGUUUGAUGGAUCGCCAAGCUCGUAAACUAGCAAAUAGACAUAAUCAAGGUGACAGUGAUGAUGAUGUGGAAGAAACACAUCCAAUGGAUGGGAAUGAUAGUGAUUAUGAUCCUAAAAAGGAAACCAAAAAAGAGGGUAGUACUGAGCAACCUGUGCAAACUAGCAAGAUUGGCCUGGGAAGGAGAGAGUAUCAGAGUUUACAGCAUCGCCAUCACUCUCAGCGCUCUAAGUGCCGGCCGCCUAAGGGCAUGUAUUUAACCCAAGAAGAUGUCGUAGCUGUUUCCUGUAGCCCCAAUGCAGCCAACACGAUCCUGAGGCAACUGGACAUGGAGUUGAUUUCUCUGAAACGCCAGGUCCAGAAUGCUAAGCAAGUUAACAGUGCACUUAAACAGAAAAUGGAAGGUGGAAUUGAAGAAUUCAAACCUCCUGAGUCAAAUCAGAAAAUUAAUGCCCGUUGGACCACAGAGGAGCAGCUUCUAGCAGUGCAAGGUGUCCGCAAAUAUGGUAAAGAUUUUCAAGCUAUUGCAGAUGUAAUUGGCAACAAGACUGUUGGCCAAGUGAAGAACUUCUUUGUAAACUACAGGCGUCGGUUUAACUUAGAGGAGGUAUUGCAGGAGUGGGAAGCAGAACAAGGAACCCAGGCUUCUAAUGGUGAUGCUUCUACUUUAGGGGAGGAGACAAAAAGUGCUUCUAAUGUGCCAUCAGGGAAGAGCACUGAUGAAGAAGAGGAGGCACACACCCCACAGGCUCCUCGAACUCUGGGUCCAUCACCUCCUGCCCCAUCAUCCACUCCAACACCAACAGCCCCCAUUGCCACUCUGAACCAGCCUCCACCACUUCUUCGUCCAACACUGCCUGCUGCCCCUGCUCUUCACCGGCAGCCUCCUCCACUCCAGCAGCAGGCUCGGUUCAUCCAGCCCCGGCCAACUUUAAAUCAGCCUCCGCCACCUCUCAUCCGCCCUGCUAAUUCUAUGCCACCCCGUCUAAACCCAAGACCAGUGUUGUCCACGGUUGGUGGUCAACAGCCACCAUCACUUAUCGGAAUUCAGACAGAUUCACAGUCCUCACUGCACUAAAAACUACAUUGGACAAAACUGCAGUGACUCGCCACCCCCUCAUUAUACCAGUGCUCGUCUGACUGAUGCAAACGAGAGCAGAGUAGUCUUUCCCAGAGACCGAGGCUGCAGACUAGUUCUGUGGCAGAGGAGGAGCGUAAGUGCUUCACUAAAGUGUUAGUGGACAGAAAGCCUCCAGGUAGCCGCCUUUUCUAGAGUGUAUGUUCAGCGAGGUGAUCUCAUAACCAGAAAGGAAAAAAAAGAUUUAAGUAUUCUGCAUACCAAGGUUUUUUUGUUAUUGUUGUUUUGUUUGUACUAUAUUUAUUUUAUUGAAGUUCUUUAUACUCCAGCCUCUCCAUAGUCAGGGCUCUGAAUAUAGGAAUAUUAAUUUAGGAAUUGUGAAAACUCCUUAGCAUUUCUUAAGGAUGUUUGACACCCCCCCCCCUUUAUUUAAAGGUUUUUUUUAUUAUUACACAUUUUCCUAUGUUAGGAGUGCAAGAAUAAAUAUCCUGCAUUUUAGAUUUUGACAUAAGUUCAUUUAAUGCAUAUUUAAGAAAUUAUAGCUACGUAUCCCUUUUUUCAAAAGAUGUUGCUUUUUUUUCCAAAGGGAUUUUAAUAUAUUCCUUUAAAAGAAAGCAAUUUAAUCAAUUGCAAAGCAAUUAUAUGAAACCACAAAGAAUGUACUGAACCUAUAGAUCCUGUAACAUACAAUGGGGUCCUAAUGCAAAAUUCUUGUUUAAAAAUCAUUGGCUGUCAUCUGUCAGUAACAAGAGGAUUGGAUUAGUGAUUUUACAUACAGAUGAGAACUUAAUUUGCUCAAGUACAAAGUCUAGGUUCCUUGAAAAGAGUUCCUUUUGAUUAUUUUGUUUUUGAAUGUUUCUAAAUGCUAUAUUGCUUUUUAACUUGUAGUUGCCUACACUUGGGCACUUUAGAAGAGAAUUCUAUUUUGUCAUUUAUGUGGACAAGGUGGUUAUGGAAGCCUUUAUUUGCAAUACCCUCUUUGUGUCGAGGUUUUUCUGAACUUAAAAUCCCCUUCAUACGUGUUACGAUGGUCUGCAUUUAAUAUAAAAGAUGUUUUCUUGAUAAAUUUCUAUCAUACUGUUUGGAUGCAUUUGUGUAUCCUUGCAGCCAACCUGUACUUACAAGAGUGGUUUAGGGUUAAAUCAUCAUCAUUUCAUGAAAUAAAAUUAAGAAUUUGUUCUGUAUUACCUAAAAAUAGAUCAGUAUAUUGUCUCAAUUGUGUUGUUAACUAAAAAUGCCAAGAUCCUUUUUUAUGAAACAACGACAACACAAUAGUUCAAAUCUUCUGAAUUCCACACAUAAUCAUCAGGCACCUAUGAAGAUUUUUUUCCCUAUGAAGAAAAUUUUUCAGGUGAUAGUAUUUCAGCAAUGUGUUACAAAUAUUUUUCUGAUUCAACCAUUUACCAUUAGAAUCAUGACUUGUGCAAAGGGACAGGUCACUUGGCUUGCUGUCCUCGUGGAACCUAAGGUUCAAACGUGCGUGUGUGCAUAGUGGUUACAUUGAGAGCUACUUCACAACAUGGACAGCAUCUAAGGACUUAGUUUUGAAAAGUCAUGUUUUUCCCAAAACACUGGGAAAAAUGGCCCUUGCCAAUGAUCUUAAUGAACUAAAGAGCAAAAACGGAAUUCAUUGAUUAGUAUUAUUGUGAAAUUUAGGUGGCCACUUUCUGUAAGAUCCCGAAGUCCUAGCAUAAUGUAAAAACCUUCCAGGAUGAGUUCUUCAUGGAUCAUCUCACAUAGUUCCUGGUCCUGGAUUGUAACCAGGUGAGAUCUAACAGAUUGAAGAAUUCUUAGUACUCAAGAAUUUUUACUUUAAAAGCCACAGGGGACAGAUAUCUAUCUUAAAAGAAAAACUAAGCAAUUUUUUUAAGUACCUAGAUCAAGUCUUGCGUAUGUGCAUACUAUACCUAUACAGCCUUUAUUGUCUUGUCUGUCCUGUCUGUCAGUAGACCUUCAGUAUACAGUAUGUGGCGUAUGUCAAUCCAGUUGGACAGUCCCACCAUCUGUUCAGCGGGCUCGUAUAUUGUGAUUCAUCUAACGUCUGUCCUGCCCCAGACAUGGGCCAAGGUGCUGUAUCUGAGGAUGUGCCGUAAUUUGGUUUCCGUACAUUAGAGCACACACUAGGAAAAUCUUAGCUUCAUUAGUAAUAUGACACAUGUAUAUAGUGAGAUGUCUUUAUCGUGUGCUUUGCAUAUUUUGUAAAUAUUUUGCACGUCAUUUAUUUUUAUUUUUCAUUUAAGCAGUGUUUGGCCUGGAAGAGUGAUAUGCUUGCUGCUUAAUCAAAGGAUUAAAGAUUUAAAGAUGUCUAUGUCUUCUAUUUUUAUAUGAUUUCAUGUUGUAUGAGGAACCUAGGACCUCUUUACUGUGAAAUCCUAAACAGUGAUUUUUAUCAAAGCAAACCUAGAACUCCCUUACUGGCCAAUUUCAUUAAUGUCAGGGUCAUCACUUUGAAGAAAUCUGCACCCAAGUGUUGUUUUUAUUGCAUAACUAAGAAUAAAUCACUGUUGGUUUACCUGGUAAGUUUAAUGGAAACAAUAUUCUGUAUAACUUAAUUCAAAUGUAAUAAGGAUGGAGGUAAAGGUAAGAUAUAAUCAAAACGUCUAUAAUUCUAAAGUUUACAACUAAAUGAGUAAAAUAGAAUGUAAAAUAAAGAUUCAGGAAUCUAAAAAUGU